UCCUUAGUGGUGACCUAUUUCCGUUUCCAUGUCCUUGUUAGCACGUAGUUGCAUUCACGCUGCACAUUAAAAACAAAAAUGGCAAAAAUAAGUAAAGAGACCAAACAGCGGUUACAGCAGCUGUUCCAGUGCGGACAAUUCGUUAUCCGAUGGGGUUUUAUUCCUACCGUGCUGUAUUUGGGCUUCAAACGAGGAGCAGAUCCAGGAAUGCCAGAGCCUUCCGUCUUGGGAAUGAGAGCGCUUAAAGAGAAGGAUGCUAUUCAUGUGGCACAGCUUGAAGCAGCCAUCAGGUGCAGGUGGAGAUGGGCCUGGCUCAAGUUGGAGGCCAAAACAAAAAAGCAAGGAAAUGAGGCAAAUUUAAUUUUAAUCCUAAAUUUGUACAUCAACGUACUUGAGCACUGUAAAUAAAUGUUUUUCUGCGUGAAGAAAAUGUGUUUAUUUUGCCUUAUUGUACUCUUCAGAGUCUUCCAGAUUGCUUAAUUCAUGUUAAAAUCAAAAACAUUCUCUGCGGGAGCACGGGGGAACCCCCCAGACCCCCUUACAAUGUAUUUAUAUAUUUAUUUCCCCCCCCCCCCCCCAUGCCUUUUGGUGUUUGAAUGUCUGAAUGAGGCAAAUUUAAUUUGAAUCUUACAUUUUUACAUCAACAUAUACUUGAGUGGUGUAAAGAAAUGUUUUUCUGCGAGAAUAAUUUUUUUUUAUUUUGCCUUAUUGUACUCUUCAGUCUUCCAGAUUGCUUAAUUUAUGUUAAAAUCCGGUGGGUGAGACUGUGUGUGUGUGUGUGUGUGAGAGCGAGAGUUUGUGAUGGACGGCGAGUGAGAGAGCAACUGAGACAGAAAGCAAGAGAAUGUGUGUGAGAGAGUUGUGCGACAGAAAGUGAAUGUGUUUCUGUGACAGCCUGGUGGAGAGAGUGUAUGACUCUGAGCAAGAGCAUGUGGGAGAAAAACUGUGAGCUCAAAGAAUGAUGAAUGUGAGGGGUGGAAAGCAUGAGAAAGUGUAUGACAAAUAGCCUGUUCAUGAGAGAGUGUGAGAAGAGCAUGGUGGAUGACUGGUUAGCACAUCAGCCUCACAGUUCUAAGGAUUAGGGUUCAAAUCCCGGCCUCGCCUGUGUGAAGAUUGCACAUCCCAAAAUCAUGCAUGCUAGGUUAAUUGAAGACUCUAAAUUGCCCGUAGGUGUGAAUGUGAGUGUGAAUGGUUGUUUGUUUGUAUGUGCCUUGCGAUUGGCUGGCGGCCAGUUCAGGGUGUACCCCGCCUCUCGCCCAAAGAUAGCUGGGAUAGGCUCCAGCAUGCCUGCGACCCUAGUGAGGAGAAGCGGAACAAUAGAUGAAUGAAUGAAAAAAAAUAUAUAUAUAUAAAACGUGUGUGUGUGUGUGUGUUGUAAUGCCAUCAAUAAUGUGAUGAAGACCAUUGAAAUAGAACCUAUUGGCAUGUAGCGGUAGUGGUCACCCAAAAAAGCAGAGUACACACAACGUCUCUGUCCCAGCUGUUCAGUACAAUAUGGUGAAAGAAACACUAGGCAUCACUACCUGAUUGUGUUUUUGUUUCU